AUGUUGCCGCCGGAGCUCCAACCCCGUUCCUUCCGGCCUUACAUCUCACCCUCCAUCAGCGCUCCUUCAUUCAACAGCAACAACAUCAACGAUGCUUAUCCCAGCCCUAAUUAUUCACCUUCCACAUCAUCUUCCCACACCAGGGCUCGCAGCGCCAGCACCGGUGGAGGUGCCGGAGGAAGCUCCCCCUUUCAGUCCCGAUCUCUCAAGAGCAGCUCAACCUCCCGAUUCUCUCCUUCCUCUUUCGUCCACAACGCCAGGAUCGCCGUCGCGUUAGUUCCUUGUGCCGUCUUCCUCAUUGACCUUGGCGGAACUCCGGUGAUCGCAACCCUAACGCUAGGUCUCAUGCUCGCUUACAUCCUUGAUUCCUUGAACUUUAAGCCAGGUUCUUUCUUCGCCGUGUGGUUUUCCCUAAUUGCUGCACAGAUCGCCUUCUUCUUCAGCUCCUCACUAAUCUCCACCUUCAAUUCCGUCUACCUCGGCAUUCUGGCAUCCCUCGCGUGCGCGAUUACAAACUUCCUGAUCGGCAUCUGGGUCUCCCUUCAGUUUAAGUGGAUCCAAAUCGAGUAUCCGACCAUUGUAUUGGCCCUGGAGCGCCUCCUAUUUGCCUGCGUCCCAAUCAUAGCUUCCUCCAUCUUCACAUGGGCCACCGUCUCUGCCGUCGGUAUGUUCAACGCCGCCUAUUAUCUGAUGGCUUUCAGUUGCGUUUUCUAUUGGCUGUUCGCCAUACCUAGGGUUUCCGCCUUCAAGGUCAAACAACAGGUCAGCUACCACGGUGGCGAAGUCCCGGACGAAUCACUCAUCCUUGGUCAGCUGGAAAGUUGCUUCCACACCUUGCAUCUCUUGUUUAUCCCCUUCCUUUUUCACACUGCCUCUCAUUACUCUCUGAUAUUCUCGUCUGUUGCUUCGGUUGUCGAUUUGGUUUUACUCUUUUGCAUUCCGUUUCUGCUUCAACUAUAUGCCUCUACUAGGGGCGCAUUGUGGUGGGUUACUAAGAAUGAGGGGCAGCUUCGAAGUAUCCGGUUAGUUAAUGGGGCAAUUGUUUUGGUUGCUGUUGUGAUAUCGUUGGAAAUCAGGGUUGUUUUCCAUUCAUUUGGAAGGUACAUUCAGGUGCCGCCGCCUUUGAAUUAUCUUCUUGUUACUAUCACCAUGCUUGGAGGUGCAGCAGCUGCUUGUGCUUAUGCCCUCGGAAUGGUUUCGGAUGCUUUCAGCUCUGUGAUAUUUACUUCAUCGGCUGUGGUUGUUAGCGCUGCCGGGGCUGUUGUUAUCGGUUUUCCUGUGUUGUUCAUUCCUCUUCCAUCAGUGACUGGUUUCUACUUGGCACGGUUUUUUACGAAAAAAAGUCUAUCAUCAUACUUUGCCUUUGUUGUGCUUGGCAGUCUGAUGGUCACCUGGUUUGUGAUGCAUAACUACUGGGAUCUUAAUAUUUGGAUGGCAGGCAUGUCAUUGAAAUCUUUCUGUAAGUUAAUAGUUGGUAGUGUUAUCCUAGCCAUGGCUGUUCCUGGUUUAGCUCUUCUUCCUCCAAAACUUCACUUCUUGGCCGAGGCUGGUUUGGUGAGCCAUGCUUUGCUCCUAUGCUAUGUCGAGAAUCGCUUUUUCACAUAUUCCAAUGUUUAUUAUUAUGGAAUGGAGGAUGAGGUAAUUUAUCCAAGUUACAUGGUCAUCAUGACUACUUUCUUGGGAUUGGCUUUAGUGAGAAGACUUUCUGUGGACAACAGAAUUGGGCCAAAGGCAGUUUGGAUUCUGACUUGUCUGUAUUGUGCCAAACUGGCUAUGCUCUUAAUGGCAUCAAAGACCGUUGUGUGGGUGUCAGCUGUUCUUCUGCUGGCCGUUUCACCACCUGUACUUCUAUACAAAGAUAAGUCCAGAACUGCCUCAAAGAUGAAACCUUGGCAGGGUUAUGCACAUGCUGGUGUGGUUGCUUUAUCAGUUUGGCUCUUCAGAGAAACAAUAUUUGAAGCUCUUCAAUGGUGGAACGGCAGAUCUCCAUCUGAUGGUUUGUUGUUGGGUGCUUGCAUUCUUUUAAUGGGGGUAGCAUGUGUCCCAAUAGUUGCGCUUCACUUCUCUCAUGAAAUGUCUGCAAAGAGAUGCUUGUUGCUGGUGAUAGCAACAGGAGUACUAUUUAUCUUGAUGCAGCCUCCAAUUCCCAUGUCUUGGACUUACCGCUCCGACUUAAUCAGAGCUGCUCGGCAAUCUUCAGACGACAUCUCAAUAUAUGGUUUCAUGGCAUCAAAGCCCACAUGGCCUGCGUGGUUGCUCAUUGCUGCAAUUUUGCUUACUCUUGCAGCCAUCUCCUCAGUACUUCCUAUCAAGUACUUUGUUGAACUGAGAGUAUUCUAUUCCAUUGCCGUUGGAAUUGCUCUUGGAGUAUACAUAUCUGCAGAGUAUUUCUUGCAAACUGCAAUGCUGCAUAUCUUAAUCGUUGUUACCAUGAUCUGUACCUCGUUGUUUGUGGUCUUCACACACUUGCCAUCUGCCUCGAGUACAAAGCUUCUACCAUGGGUGUUUGCCCUUCUAGUUGCUCUUUUCCCAGUGACUUAUUUACUGGAAGGCCAAAUCCGAAAUAGCAAGAGUUUGCUUGUAGACGAAGUAGGAGAAAUGGAAUUGGAAGACAACAAACUUGCCACUUUACUGGCAGUUGAGGGCGCAAGGACAUCCCUCCUUGGUUUGUAUGCUGCAAUCUUUAUGCUUAUCGCACUUGAAAUAAAGUUUGAGCUGGCUUCACUUUUACGAGAAAAGGUUACAGAAAGAGGGGGUCUUAGACAUAGUCAGUCCAGCCAAAGUGGUUCUGCUGGUGCCCCGCCAAGAUCAAGGUUCAUGCAGCAUCUCAGGUCCUCCACUGUACCAACCUUCACAAUAAAGAAAAUAGCUGCAGAAGGAGCGUGGAUGCCUGCAGUUGGUAACGUUGCCACUAUUAUGUGCUUUGCUAUAUGCCUUAUUUUGAAUGUCAACUUGACAGGUGGGUCAAACCGGGCAAUAUUUUUCCUGGCCCCCAUACUACUACUUCUAAAUCAGGAUUCUGAUUUUGUUGCUGGAUUUGGGGACAAACAGAGGUACUUCCCGGUCACUGCAGCUAUCUCAGGGUAUUUGGUCUUGACUGCCUUGUAUACUAUCUGGGAAGAAGUAUGGCAUGGGAAUGCUGCAGGUUGGGGAAUCGAUAUUGGGGGACCAGAUUGGUUCUUUGCAGUAAAGAAUCUGGCAUUACUUAUUCUCACCUUCCCGAGCCAUAUCCUUUUUACUCGGUUUGUUUGGAGUUACACGAAGCAGACAGACUCAGGGCCAUUGCUUACAAUUCCUCUGAACAUACCAGCCAUCAUUAUAACGGAUGUACUGAAGGUUAAGAUAUUAGGGUUGCUUGGAAUUAUAUAUUCCUUGGCUCAAUAUCUUAUUUCGAGGCAACAGCAAAUUUCAGGGAUGAAGUAUAUUUAA